AUGGUAGGCAGAUGUAACCAGCAAAAUGGAGGCCCUGCAGACUGUGCAGAGCCAAGGAGCACAUAUGUCUGCAAGAACUGCAGGCAGAUGUUUCAUACAGAGGAAGGGCUGACCAGGCAUAUGUGUUUUCCCAACGACGACUGGCUGUCACUUCGAGGGAACCAGGACCAGCAGGUGCCGCUAGAGACCAACUUACUCAGCGGACCCCAGAAGCCACCAACUCACCCUCUGGCUGAUUAUCACUACGCAGGUUCAGCCGUCUGGACCCCCAUGGAGAAGGAGCUCUUUCAUAAAGCCUUCUGUGUUUACAAGAGAAACUUUUCCUUGAUACAAAAGAUGGCCACUUGCAGCCCUCAGAAGAGACGCAACCACCAUCCAACCCUUGAGUUGAAGACAGAGAUGGAGAGUGGCAGGGGAGAAUCCGUCAUCACCGCGAGCCCAAGUGCUGCUCCCAAGCGGACCCCUGAGCCUCCGGGGCGCGUCCAGGGCCAAGGCGCUUUUCCCUGUGGGGAGUGUGAGAGGGUGUUUGACAAGAUGUGGACUCGCUGUGCCCACAUGAAGCGGCACCGGCUUCAGGACCCCGAGGAAACAGCCGUCGGGGAGGAGCGGCCAGCGAAGGCCUUUAAGGUUUCUGAAGAUGAGGCUGGACGAGCUUCCUGGGAAAUCCGUCAGCCCUUAGAGGGGGAUGAUGGACAGCGCUCUCACGGACACCUGUCCACAUAAGGGACGUGGACACAGAGAAAUGACUGGCCCACACUCACACACAGGUAAUAGGUUUGAGUGGAAUCACAUGGAACCUCAGCUUACAGGUGACACGCCGCUACCAGGACUCACUGGGGAAGCCUCAUGGGAAUGGACGUAGGG